AUGUCCUCCUCCUCGACUUCGAGCUGCAGUAAGGACCAGCCAAUAAUCCAACUGGCUCUCCCCCUCCUCCCGCUGUCCGUGCACACGAGUCUUGCGUUGGCCGGCACGGUUGUCCACGUGCGGUCCCAAGUGGGGGCCGCCGCCCCAGAAAAGAAAUCGUUGUUUUGUCCAUUCAUUGUCCUCAUACACAACACUCACCACUGUGCACUGUCCUCACGGUGCCGUGAAAGGCGCACUCUGAUUCGCCCACGCACCAGCACUGCUGUGGGGCGUCUUCUGCGAGGCGUUCAGGUGCGCUCCGACUAA